GCCGCCCGCUCGGUGCAGCAUGGCGGAGGAGGGGGCCGCGCAGCCCCGGGCCGGGGCGGUCGGCGCCGCCGCCAGCGCCGCUACGGAGGAGUCGUCGGACAGCGAGCCGGAGCAGGAGCCGGGCUCGCCGCAGAAACUCAUCCGCAAAGUCUCUACGUCCGGGCAAAUCCGCCAGAAGACUGUCAUAAAAGAGGGGAUGCUGAUGAAACAGACCAGCUCCUUCCAGCGCUGGAAGAGACGAUAUUUUAAGCUGCGAGGACGAACUCUCUACUAUGCAAAAACUGCUAAGUCCAUUAUCUUUGAUGAGGUGGAUCUGACAGAUGCCAGUGUGGCAGAAUCCAGCACUAAGAAUGUCAACAACAGCUUCACGGUUAUCACUCCAUGUCGGAAGCUAAUCCUUUGUGCUGAUAACAGGAAAGAGAUGGAGGAUUGGAUUGCAGCACUGAAGACUGUACAAAACCGUGAACAUUUUGAGUCCACCCAGUACAGCAUGGACCAUUUCUCAGGGAUGCAUAACUGGUACGCCUGCUCGCACGCUCGGCCAACGUACUGCAACGUCUGUCGGGAGGCAUUGUCUGGAGUCACAUCACAUGGGCUUUCCUGUGAAGUGUGCAAGUUUAAAGCCCACAAGCGGUGUGCGGUGCGGGCAACCAAUAACUGCAAGUGGACAACUCUGGCCUCUAUUGGGAAGGAUAUCAUUGAGGAUGAAAAUGGGAUCUCAAUGCCACAUCAGUGGUUGGAAGGAAACCUGCCUGUGAGUGCCAAAUGCACUGUGUGUGAUAAAACCUGUGGCAGUGUCCUACGUUUGCAAGACUGGCGCUGCCUUUGGUGCAAAGCCAUGGUACACACAGCAUGUAAAGAGCUGUUGCCAAACAAGUGCCCUCUUGGGCUGUGCAAGGUAUCUGUCAUUCCUCCUACUGCUCUUAACAGCAUUGACUCAGAUGGUUUCUGGAAAGCUACGUGUCCCCCUUCAUGCACAAGCCCAUUGUUGGUCUUUGUCAACUCAAAAAGUGGAGACAACCAAGGUGUAAAAUUUCUGCGAAGAUUCAAACAGCUGCUGAAUCCAGCCCAGGUCUUUGACCUCAUGAAUGGAGGACCUCACCUUGGUUUACGCUUGUUCCAGAAAUUUGACACUUUCCGGAUUCUGGUUUGUGGUGGGGAUGGAAGCGUUGGUUGGGUUCUCUCCGAAAUCGAUAGCCUCAAUCUUCACAAGCAGUGCCAGCUGGGAGUGCUGCCCUUGGGAACAGGGAAUGACCUUGCCCGUGUGUUAGGCUGGGGCUCUGCUUGUGAUGAUGAUACCCAGCUCCCCCAGAUCCUGGAGAAGCUGGAGAGGGCCAGUACCAAAAUGCUGGACAGGUGGAGCAUCAUGGUGUAUGAAACCAAACUCCCUCGUCAGGCCUCCACUUCCACAGUCACUGAAGAUUUCAGUGAGGAUUCUGAGGUGCAGAAGAUUCUCUUCUAUGAAGACUCUGUGGCUGCUCAUUUGUCCAAAAUUUUGACUUCUGACCAGCACUCUGUGGUCAUCUCCUCAGCAAAGGUGCUUUGUGAGACAGUGAAGGAUUUUGUGGCUCGAGUAGGGAAAGCCUAUGAGAAGGCAACAGAAAGCUCAGAGGAAUCAGAGGUCAUGGCCAGGAAGUGCUCUGUCCUGAAGGAGAAGUUGGACUCGUUGCUGAAGGCACUGAAUGAGGAAUCUCAAGCAUCUUCAUCUCUGCCAAACCCUCCUCCUACCAUUGCAGAGGAAACUGAAGAUGGUGAUGGGUCAGGCAGUGCUUGUGAUUCUUCCAGUGACCGAUCAGUGGGCUCAUCAUGUACUGCCCGGCCCCAGAUAUUUCGCCCCCGAGAACAGCUGAUGCUGAGAGCCAACAGCCUGAAAAAGGCCAUUCGUCAGAUAAUAGAGCAUGCAGAAAAAGCUGUAGAUGAGCAGAACGCCCAGACCCAGGAGCAAGAGGGCUUCCUCCUCAGCCUCUCAGCCCCUGAGGAGGGCAAGGAGCUGCGGAACGAGGAUAAAAUCUCCCUGCAAUCAUCACACAGCAGCAGCUAUGGAGUGUCCAAAGGGAGGGGCCAGCGGAAAGCCUCCAAGUCUCCUUGUGAAAGACUAAUAAACAAAGGAAGUUUGUCACUGGGCAGCUCUGCAUCUCUUCCUCCCCAGACAGGAAACCGGGACAACUUGCCAAUGCUGAACACAAAAAUCCUCUACCCAAAUAUCCGUGCUGGCAUGUCUGGAUCUUUGCCUGGGAGCUCUGUCAUCAGCCGAUUGUUGAUCCAUGCUGAUCCCUUUAACUCUGAGCCUGAAAAUCUUGAAUGUUACACAGAGAAGUGUGUCAUGAAUAAUUACUUUGGAAUUGGACUGGAUGCGAAGAUUUCUUUGGACUUCAACAACAAACGUGAUGAGCACCCAGAGAAAUGCAGAAGUCGUACUAAAAAUAUGAUGUGGUAUGGAGUAUUGGGGACCAAGGAACUGCUACACAGAACAUAUAAAAACCUGGAGCAGAAAGUCUUGCUGGAGUGUGAUGGGAGGCCAAUCCCUUUGCCCAGUCUUCAGGGGAUUGCUGUACUCAACAUUCCCAGCUACGCAGGAGGCACCAACUUCUGGGGGGGCACCAAGGAAGAUGAUACUUUUACAGCCCCCUCCUUUGAUGACAAGAUUUUGGAGGUGGUAGCAGUGUUUGGGAGCAUGCAGAUGGCAGUGUCACGAGUGAUAAACCUACAGCAUCACCGGAUUGCACAGUGCCGGACAGUGAAGAUAGCAAUCCUGGGGGAAGAGGGCGUUCCCGUGCAAGUGGAUGGAGAAGCCUGGAUCCAGCCUCCUGGUUACAUUUGGAUUGUUCAUAAGAACAGAGCUCAGACCCUCACCCGAGACAGGGCAUUUGAGAGCACCCUGAAGUCUUGGGAGGACAAACAGAAGUGUGAGUUGUCCCGACCCUCCUCUUUCUCUCUGCAACCAGAGAUCAUGUCUGAAGAAGAAUCCACCCAGAUCAACCAGUUUGGUCAAGCUGCAGCUGCUCUCAUUCAUAGCAUUCGGGAAAUAGCCCAAUCCUAUCAGGAUAUGGAACAGGAGCUUGCCCAUGCUGUCAAUGCCAGCUCCAAGUCUAUGGACAAAGUCUACGCUAAAUCCAAGUCUACAGAGGGUCUGAACUGCAGCCUUGUUGUAGAGAUGGUGAAUAAUGUCAAAGCCCUGCACAAUGAGACUGAGCUGCUGCUGGCAGGCAAGAUGGCACUGCAGUUAGAUCCUCCCCAGAAGGAGCAGCUCCAAGCAGCCCUGGCAGACAUGGACCUCCAGCUGAGGAAACUGGCAGACAUCCCUUGGCUGUGGCAGCUGAUGGAGCCCUGCGAUGAGGAAAACCAGAUGCUGGAUUAUUCUAAACGCAGUCGCAGUGGCAAAUUUCGGCUGGUGACCAAGUUUAAAAAGGAGAAGAACAACAAAAAUAAGGAGACUCAUAGUAGCAUGGGAUUGCCUGUUCACCUCUGGGGAACGGAGGAGGUUGCGGCCUGGCUUGAGCAUCUCAGUCUUUGUGAGUAUAAGGAUAUCUUCAUCCGGCAUGACGUCCGGGGCUCUGAGCUCCUGCACCUCGAGCGGAGGGACCUCAAGGACCUGGGUGUGACCAAAGUGGGUCACAUGAAGAGAAUACUGCACGGGAUCAAGGAGCUGAGCCGGAGUACUCCUGCCAGCGAGGUUUAGCCUCUGUUUUCACAGCAUGUGUCUACCAUUCCCCCUAACUGCACAGCAGUCACCUCACAGAGCAGCUGUGCUCCUGACUGUCUCUGCUGAACAGCCAACCUGCAGCUGUUCAGAGCUCCUAUCAACCUAGCAUGGUGCUACCUUUUUUUCCUGUGGGGUACAGCUGCAUCCAGUCGAGAGGAACCUUCUUUGUGGUCAGGCAGAGCUCCCAGAGGAGAAGUCACUUGCUGUUUGGAGAUCCAUGACCUCCAGCUUGGGAAGUUCUGGUUCCAGUGGCAGCACAGGACUCCUGAGGAUUGCAACACAGCUACCUUUCAUGGAUAACUUCAUCACAGUAGAAUUAAUUCAGGGCAAAAGUUUAUUUGGCCAGUCCUAGUUCAGGAGCAUCUGACAGUCUUCUCCUACCCAAAACCCUUCUGCUCAUUUGGGUGUCAUACCUGUAUCUUAGAGCAUUUAAGUGGGACAGAGCUUGUCCUUUUGUCUUACUAAUCCCUUUUUAAUGCACCUGUAAUUGCAUGCAAUUUGAAUCAGAAAUUCAGAGCCAGUCCAGACCUCUUGCCACUUAAUACCCAGUGAUUCUCACUCACUUCUGCCUUGCAACAAACAAUGCAUUUGGUUCAAACAGCAGUUCACACCAGCCUGAGGGGUCUUCUGCUGGGCCUGGCACUUCUCUUCCAGCAGGAGGCAAUGGUACAACCCUUAGGCUUUCAGGCAUCACAAACUGAAAGUCCUGGUGGUAAGAAAAUACAGAAUUCUGGAGAGCCAGAUGACAGGAGAUCGCCUCUGACAUUCCACCUUCUGAACUGAUCUUCAGGAGACCAGAUGAAAGAGGACACUAACUAGCUGGUUGGGCUGUGAGAUAUGGAACAGUUUCCUCCAUCUCUGCUUGCCUUCCCUCUCUUCCUGCCUUGCUCCUUCACUUAAAGGUGGAUACCCAAAACAUUAGGGCUGCUCAGUCCUCCUGGGUUAACAUAUCUCAGGGUGGCCCUGAGAUAUGUAUAUCAUGUGCUGUCGGACAUCAGAGCUUCUAUAAGAGCACUGAAAGAAGGAGGAUUUUUACUGACCAGGUUGGUAAAUUGCCUUUGGUACCACCAGCAGUGGAGAGUAGAAAAAUUAGUGCCUCUGAAUCAGCAUUCCUAGUCAUCCUUCAAAUUGCCACUGAAUUCUCUGACCCAAAGUGGGUGACUGCUGGAGCCUGAAGACCAGCAUGCAUAGUUAUAUUGCCAUGUUUUUCACUGCAAAGGGAAUUUGGGAACAUUUAGUGCUUUAGUGCUGUGAGGCUGGAGAGGCAACAGGAAUUUUUGAUUACCCUGUUGUUUUGUAUGUAUUUACUUUUUAUUAUUGCUGAGUGGCACCUGCCUGGUUAUGGCUGCAGACAGAAAAAGGGCUUGAUAUUGUUCUUUGUUAUUGGUAGAGAUUUCAUCAAAGUGACAUCAGCUCUCUAGCCUAAAAAAAAAUCAUUCAAGUUAUUUCAUGUAAAGACGUGUCAGCCUUAAAAGGUUAUGGGCUGAUUUCAAGCUGGGCAAAUGCCAUUGCAUUCUUUAAGAUUUCACCAAAGAUCACUCUGACUCUCCCUAUCUGCUUUUAACUAGUGUUGUUCACCCAUGUGUUUCAGCCUAGUGAGUAACAGGGUUUCCCCAUGAGAAGUUAACAGAAGAUUAAAUGUGCCUGAUCAAGCUAGCAAAAUUUGUGGUAUAAAUAAUGUGGGGACUGAGCAAGAAAUCUGUUCAGCUUUGCCCCAACUUUGUUUCUCCCAUCUCUUCACUGGCAAUUGCUUCCACAGCUGUAUUUUUUCUUUAUAAGUACCACCCCUCCUCAGAGUGUUGAAUUUCUGAGGUAUUAGGUAAGUAAGAAAUGUAGACAUGCUGUAUUUUUCCACCUGCUUGUUGAGGCACAGACCAGUAUCUGCUCUGCAUGGGAAUGAGGAGGAACCUCCCCUGAGGAGAGCUCCAGGAUGCAGCCACCCUCAGUGGUGACAGUAAGGUGCAGCCCUCUCUGCCUGUCCCCAGCAGGGGCAUGGUUAGAUCUCUUUUUUUUUUUUUUUUUUUAGUUCCUGGGCAUGGUGAAGGAGGUGUUCUUGCUGUGAUCUUCCUCCAGGCAUUAACAGCUUGCACUUGCCUUUCAUAAUUCCUAGGGGAUUAAAUUCUUGGCUUGGUAGAAACAGUUCCUCUCUACUUUUCCUGCUCAGAAGAACAGGGAAAUCCAAAGGGUUUGUAGAUUAAGACAUUGUCCUUAAUUCAUGCCAUAUUUGAAGAGCCCUUGCAGCCAUUAGCCAUCUGCUAUGAGCAGGGAUGCCUGUGGACACCAGCCUUCAUUUAUUUUACUUUUAGGAUCUCUUGCAUUGAUGGUUUCCCAUCCUUUCUGUCUAUUUGCACAUUUUAUCAAAGGGUUCACAGCCAGUAUAUUCCUGUCUAUUGCUUACUGGAGGCCAGGAGGGAGUUCUACCUUCUUUUAAGAGCGAGAAAAUGCGAUCCACAUGUAACCUGAGUGCCUUUGAAUAUGUAUUAAGGUUUACAUCUCCAAAAGGGUUGUAGCUCUGUGUCUGACUGGGAAUGAUGCAGAAUUUUUAUUGCAGAGAUUUUGGGAAUAGAUGAGGACAAUUUGUGUCCAGCAUCAGUGAGAGCUAUCUGCAAAAUAGGGAGCCAGGCUGAAUUUCUGGUUACAUUAUUCCGAGUUCCUCCUUCUGCAUCCAGUAGUGUUUAGUGGGAGAGAAAUUCAGGAAGGGCAAUUAGACAGUAAAAAAAUCUGCUGCAUUGCCAAAAA